AUGUGUUUUGCACCUUCGAGAUGUAAAAAGGUGCUACAAGACUGGGUUGGUUCAGCUCCCAACCUUAUUCUCACUAUUUGGGCAGCUACAUUCAACCCAGGUGGAUGCAUCAUGGAUAGUGUCUGGAAGUAUACAGAAGGUUCGGUUGGCACUAGCCAACAUGGGACAUCUGUGGUGCCGCAGCAUACGGCUGUCCGUGAAGGGUCCAGUGUGUGCCGCGGUAGUUCGACCAGUUCUGCUAUACGGCGCAUAAACUUGACAUCCGCAUGUCCCAGAAUUCGUUCAGUGCCCACCAUUUUGACGACCAACUUGAGUGGUGAUUCCACGAAAAAAGGNUGUUGUGGCUUGUUGCACUCCAUUUGCGCUGGCUACGAGAUCAUUGGAAUCAAAUAUGGUUUAUUGCAAUCAGUCCGAAAACAAAGGCAGGUAAAUCUGCAUGCACAACUUAUCGGUCAACAAUCGGUAAACGAGAGCUCGAUAUUGCAAACAUGCUACGACGAGAUCCAAGCUGCAGCAGAGGAACACAGCGUUGAUUAUCUUGCUUUGUGCAUUUUGCUCGGCGGUGAAACCACAACGGUUGUUCAAUCUACCCUGACAGAUAACACUGAAAAAUCCAUUGGUGGUCGCUGCAGUCACAUGGCCCUGGCAGCUACCCUAAGAUGGUACGAAAUGAUGCGUGAAAGUGAUUCUCAACCAGCAGACUACAGACACGAAGUCACCUUACUGGCCGGGGCUACAGACGGCUUGGAUGGGCCAGCCGUAGGAGGAGCCGGCGUUUGGGUGAAUUCUCAAGGCGAACCAGUGCUCACCAAUGAACGUCUUUUCAAAGAUGCUUUGAGUUCCUUAGAAAGGAGCGACUCAUAUGGAUUCUUCCUAAAGCAUGCCCCAUCCUGUGUUAUUCCCCCCAGGCUCACCGGUACCAACGUCAUGGAUAUAUUCAUAAGCACUGCCGGCAUUUACUUGUGA